AUGUCUUUACCAUUCUCUCAAUCCACCUAUAUUUUCAUUCUUUUUACCUUUGUGUUCCAUUCUCACUCAUUUCCACUCUCCACGUCGUCACGGUGGAUCGUUGACCAAGACGGCGGGGGUCGCGUAAAGUUGGCAUGUGUAAACUGGCCGGGCCAUUUGCACGUUAUGAUCCCAGAAGGUCUAAACAAGAAGCCAUUGAAGGACAUUGUAUAUGACAUUUCCAAUGUCAUGGGGUUCAAUUGUGUCCGACUUACUUGGGCUACUUAUAUGUACACUCGUGACUCAAAUGUCACGGUUUUAGAGUCGCUAAAUAGGUGGAACUUGACAGUCGCUAAAGAAGGUGUCGAAAAGAAUAACCCCGAGUUGUUGGAAAUGAGCAUUGUGGAAGUGCAAAAUGUAGUUGUUAAUGAACUUGGAAAAUGGAAUGUGAUGGUUGUGCUUGAUAAUCAUGUUAGUUUGCCUCAGUGGUGUUGCGGUUUUGACGACGGCAAUGGGUUUUUUGGUGACAAGUUUUUCGAUCCCGACGAAUGGGUUCGGGGUUUAGUCGCUGUUGCUCGUCAAUAUAACGGCAAUCCUUCGGUAGUAGCCAUGAGCAUGAGAAAUGAACUAAGAGGGCCGCGACAGAACACGGUGGAUUGGUAUGCGUUCAUGCAACUAGGGGGAACAGUUAUUCAUCGCGAAAAUCCUGAUAUUCUCGUUAUAAUAUCUGGUUUGUCAUUUGAUAACAACCUUGGAUUCUUGAAAGAUCAACCACUAACGAUUAAUUUGGAUAACAAGUUAGUGUUCGAGUCACAUUGGUACCCGUUUGGCCAACCAGACGACAAUUGGAUUUUCCAAACGAAUGAAUAUUGUGCCAAUGCGACCAAAUGGUUCAUGGACAAUUCAGGAUUUUUGUUUCAAACAGACCAAAACCCGGUUCCUCUUUUUCUGAGUGAAUUCGGGUUAGAUCAGAGAGGGGUAAAUGAGGCCCAAAAUCGUUAUUUUCAUUGUUUGUUGAUGACGGUUGCUGAGAACGACAUUGAUUGGGCGUUAUGGCAGUUGCCCGGAAGUUAUAUGCUUAGAGAAGGGCAAGUAGAUUUAGAAGAUGUGUUUGGAAUGUAUGAUAUCAUGUGGGAAAACCUUAGGAAUUCCACUGUGCUAAAAAGGCUACAAUUUGUUCAAAUGGAUAUUCAAGGUAUAUAUUAUUUCCCAAGCAACCCAACACGGUACAUCUUAUACCAUCCAGUAAGCGGUCAAUGUGUCAAUGCAAGCGAAAGUCUUUCCUUGAUAAAUUGUCAACAAGCCCGCCAUUGGGAUCACGACCACGAUGGUGGCUCAAUCAACCCAACAAACACGACACACUGCUUAACGGUUGUGAAACAAGGUUUGCCGCCUAUCAUCUCAGACGAGACUAAUUGCUCGAGUCAGGAAAGCUCAUGGAAUGUUGUUUCGAGCUCAAAAUAUCAUUUAGCUUCAAAAGAUACUGAAGGAAACAAUUUGUGUUUAGAAGUGGACCCUUCUACUUCAAAUCUUGUUACUAACAAGUGUUUAUGUUUAGAUGAUGAUUUGAGAGAUAUUUCAAGUUGUGAAGAGAACCCACAAAGGCAGUGGUUGAAGCUGAUUUCAACCAAUAAAUUAGACCAAAUUUAA